GACUAAGUACUGAAGGUUUAAUGUUUCGCCUUCAGCGUUACAGUCAGCAGACUUUACACAGGCAGAUCUCUGUCAGCCAGUCUGGAGAAUGGGCAGUAGCAACAGCAAGUUGUGCUGCUGUAAAUCGAGAAAGAAGAAAGAAGCCCAAUCAAAACAACACAAGGAAGUUUCUCAAGAAUUAGCAGCACUUCAUGGCGAUGGUGAUUUGCCUGGAGCUGCUUGCAAUCAGCUGCAGAAGGCAGAAGCUUUCCUUCUGGAACGGCAUGAGAAAGAGGUGCAAAGGAUCAGAGAGGAGCACGAGGAGGAGCUUGCACAACUCAGGGAAGACCUGUGUUCAACGUACAACACAGAGAAGCAACAGCUUCAAUAUCUACAUGCAGAGGAAAUUGAGAAACUGAAACAGGAACUGCAAAAGAAAGAAGGAGAGCUGUCAGACUCCAGAAUAGUGGAACUGAAAGGCAGACACUCCGAGUACGUCAAGUCCCUCAAGGAAGAAUGUGAGACUGCAUUAGCAGGACUUGUCAAACAGCAUAAACAGGAGCAAGAGUCAUUGACUGAAUCCUUUGAGAAAGCCAACAUGUGCCUUAAGGAAAGAAUAGAGGAACUGACAACCCAGGUCAACUCGUUUCAAAUGAAGACAAAGAAAAUUGAGGAUGCAAUAUUAAGAAGAGGUCUCAACAGAGAUGAUAAGAAUUUGCAUCCACCAACACUAUUCUGGGAGCAGGAACUGGAGAGCUUACACUUUGUGGUGGAGAUGAAGAAUGAAAGGAUUCAUCAGCUGGACAAGCAAGUGUUACAGAUGAAGAAUUUGGUUGAAGUGAAUAUCUUACUUGAGGAGAAAGUUAAAACACUUCAGCAAGAAAAUGAAGACUUGAAAGUUCGCCUGAAAAGCCAACAGGACUUUGCAAGGCAAUUAUCCAUGGAACAUGAGGCCCUGCAGCAGACAUUGGAGAAGGAAGCUAUGAUGAAGGAGAGACUCUUUCAUGAGAAAGAAGAACUGGUCUGGAAACUGCAAAAUGGAGAUGGCUCACCUACUGGGGAGAUUUCAUUGGGGCAGCUUCACUCAGAGUCAAUAGAAACAUCAUUAAGGUGAAGCUUUGGAAGAACAGACUUGGAAGAGAGAACGAAUGAACUUGAUCUUUUGUGAUCCACAUUUAGGACACUGCUUGUCAAAAAGAAAAUGCUGCAGAUUUUGCCUCUGGAAUGACUUAUUAAAAGGUGUUUGCUGUUUUAUUUUCUCACAAUUUCAGAUACCUGGAAGUUUUCUUGGUUUUAUCAAAAUAGCAAUCGUUUUUGUGCUACUUAGUGAGAUUUGUCCUCCUUGACACAAACUGUCGUUCUGACAUUAAAAAACAAACCAUAAAAAAGUGUAUAUGUUCAGUCUCUCAUAAACUCUGGAGAAUAGAGAUCCAGUCUCCCUAAUCUUCUCCUCAUUCGAUAAUCCCCACAUUGGAGGAAUCAAUCUGAUAAACUAUUGUUGUACUCCCUCUAUUGUAUAUGUAUCGUUCCUUGGGUAGAGAGACCAGACCUUGAACGUGCUGUUCCACAGGCAGUCUCAUCAGGGUCCUAUGCAAUUGCAGUUAGGCUCCUCAAAACACUGUUAUCACUAUUCUAUUUACAAUAAAUAUUUUUGCUUGGUUAGCUCAGAAUUUCAUAAAGACAUCUGUAGUUUUCAUUUUCCCAUGCAGAAUAUUUUGGGUCUUUAACUUAAACAUUUAGGGACCACUGCCACUAUAGACUGCUGUGUGCUUAAGUAUUAAAAUCCAGCACCAGUUGGACUAUCUGUUGGAUUCGUAAAAACAGCUCAGUUAUCCUCGGGAAGAUGGCUUGUGAUAUCAAUGGAAGUUACAAAUAUUCUUGCAGUUUACCUGUGAUACACAGAAGAUGGCUUUCAGCUUUUAUACUGUUUGUGAUUUCCAUGCAAACUAUGAAGAGUAAAUUUUCACUGGUUACUGCACAACCAAAAUUGGUAAAGGAGUUUAUGAAUAACAAAACUCUCAGCUGUGCAAUUGAUUCUGCAAUUACAAAACAAAAUAUUCAAACAGGAUGUUAAUAUUGAUCUUGUAAACUCUCAGAACCCACAGCACCAUUCAGUAAGGUAAAUGAAGUAAAAAAGACAAUCAGAAAAGUCAAGAGAUGUAUCAGUAAAACUAAUAUAUUGCAGAUACAUGUGAAAUAAUAGCACUUUAUUUGUUUUGUGGAUGAGAGGAUAUUGUGUUCAAUUUUGAU